AUGUUUAAAGAAACAAUUUAUCUCCAGCCGUUAGGCCGGGAGUCAACCCUGAUUGAGAAACCAUUUAAGCUUUCCACCAUUGACACCAUCCCCAAUUGCGCAUACACCAAUUACGCCAUUUUCUUCCGCCUCCGGGAUGAAGAAAAAAGCCGGGCCGUGGAGCUGCUAAAGUCUGGGCUAAUGCAUACCCUCGCUCAGGCUCAACAUUUAUGCGGAACAAUUGAGAAGGAUGAGCAGGGCCGGUAUUCAUUUGUUCAAAAGCGCGAGUCAAAAGUGCAGGUUGUCAUCCAUAAUAUGGAUCCAAAUACCGGUAUUCCGACUCUGGAUGACAUCGAAAAGGGCCAUUUUGGAGGCGAGACCUUGAAAGAUAUCAAUCUUUGGAGCAUUCCAACGAUGACAUGGGGCGAGGGACCUGAGGCAAACCCAGACAGCAGCCCUGCCGUGUCCGCCUACCAGAUCAACCGGUGCACCGGUGGCUUGGUCUUGGUCGUUCAGGUUCAUCAUUACGCCUUGGAUGCAAUUGGAUUUAAAAACUACAUCAUGCAGCUGGCGGCCAAUUGUGCAGCCCUGGCCAAUUCGACGCCCUUCCCGCCUUUCGACCCGGCAAACCUGGACGCAUCGCGCUUGACCAUUGAAGUUCCGGCUGAUGAGCUGAUUGAUGGCCCGCCUGUACCCCAGAGGAACCAAAAUCACCGGAAACAGCAGGCGGUGCUGCUCCACCUGCCCAAAAGUAAAGCGGCCGAGCUAAAGAGGCUCGCCACGCCCCAAGGCGGCGAUUGGGUGUCGACGUAUGAUGCCUCGUGUGCCUAUCUUUGGCGUGUCCUUAGUAAAGUGAGGGUUGCUUUGUACGAACCUUCGCGAGAUACAGUCUUGUGGUGGGGCGAGGCCAUUAACCUACGACCGCGGCUUCACGGCCCGCUUUUGCCCCAGGGAUUAAUGCGCAACGCGUUGGGCUGCGCUAUUUCAAACACGAGCCCUGUUACCCCAUUGACGGUCGCCGAAGUAGUGGACGAGGCGCCUUUAAGCAAGCUGGCGUCCUAUAUCCGCGCGCUGACAAACGGCUGCGACAACGAGCAUAUUAACAAACUGCUGGCUAAAGUGGCGCCUGUUCGGGACAAAAGUACCCUCAGCCUGCGACUAGAUUCGUGUCCACCCAUGAGCAUGUUUGUGACUGAUCACAGGCCUGCCGACGUUAGCAGCUUUAACUUUGGGUUCGGGAAACCGAUUACGUACCGACAUUUGUUCGGCGGCUUUUCGACGGAGGGUGCUGUUAUUAUAUAUCCCCCUGUCAGGUCCACUGACCCCGACGAAGGCUGCGUUUUUUCGGUAACUAUGGAAAAAGAGCUUGUGUGUUUCCUCAAAUAUAUGGGCUCCAGGCGGGUGACCAACGUCCCUACGGACGACGUCUUCCAACUUAAUGCAAUUGACCGAGUGGGCGCAAUCAGUAAUAUGGUGGGCUGGACCAUGUUUAAAUUCGACCAAGUCCUCGACCCAGUCAGACUGCAAAAGACACUCGUCAGCGUUAUAAAGACGGGGGAUUGGAGGAAACUUGGCGGACGACUUCGCAGGAAUGAAAAGGGUUAUUUGGUAAUUCGCGUAACAAAGGAGUUCACCGAACAACGACCGGCCUUUGGCUUUUUUCAUGCAAUUUAUUACUGUCGCGUUCAAAAUUACGAGCUGGGUCGUUAA